AUGGAACCGUUUCACCAAAAUUUUUCUUUGGACGAUAAGACUAUACAAUAUCCAUUCGCUGAAAACGAAAGAGUUCCAAUGUGGCUUGCUGCCGUAAAUUUCAUUAACAGGUGUGACCCAUUGCCUGGGUCUGUUGAUGCUAAGCCUUUCGGACUUAGCAAUGCAAGCAUCUGUCAACAAACGGAUAGUGCUAUUAUGAAAGAUGGUUUCAAAAGUUUUAUAUCUGGACAUUCUUCAAGUUUUAUCGUGCUUCUUCCAUUAGCUCUUGCAGCAUACAUUGCAGUCACACGAACUGAAGAUUAUCGUCAUCACUGGCAAGACGUUGUAACCGGUGGAUUGAUUGGUAUCGCAGGUAUACCUUUACCAAUUCGAUUAAUUCCCCAUGAUCCAGAAUACAAAGCACACUUCACUUUUGAAGAUGGUACAAAUUUUGAGGUCAAUGUUGUUCGAAAUGAUGGAUCUACUGUUUUGAAAGACACAAAGACAUUUCAAAGUGCUACUAACAAUGAUGAUAAUGAAGAUCCUCAUCGACUUGUCUAA